CCCAGUGACCAGUCCCGACACGAAAACCCAUCAGCAAAGCUUCUUCGGGGGCCCUCACAAUAUAUUUCACAAUAACAACUCUACAACUGUCAGAAGACUCUCGAUUUUUAUCAAGUUCCUUCCGUAAUUUCAUGCUCCUCACGUUGGAGCUUAAAGUCAUCUUCUAGUUCAGUUAUUUUGAAUCAUUGACCUUCAUAAUGAGAGGGAUUCAUGUCGUUGCAUUCGUGCUGGUAUUCCUUGCUGCCAAAGGUGCAGCGCAGAAACAGCAGCAGGAAGACCCUUGUCAGACAAAAGCCCGAGUGGUGGGUGACCUAGACUACUGUGAUCGUUACUGGGAGUGUGUGAACGGACGCGCCGAAUUAUUCGACUGUCCAAAUGGUCUAGUAUUUGCUGGCAAACAUCGUGGUGUCACCGAGGGAUGUGACUACCCCUGGAGGGCGAAUUACUGCGAUGGCAAACGCCAGGCUAAUCCGCCAAUCGGCGCGGAACACUGCGACUGGCUCUACGGUAUCUUCGGCCACGAGACCUCCUGCACCAGGUACUGGACAUGCUGGAACGGCACUGCCACCGAACAAUUGUGCAUCGGUGGACUUCUGUACAACGAAAGGGCACGCUCCUGUGACUGGCCAGAGAAUGUCGAAGGAUGUCAAAAGCAUCCGCUGUGUAAUGACGAUGCCAAUGGAAAUGUGCCACUGGGUAAAUCCUGCAAUCGCUACUGGCAGUGCCAGGGCGGAUAUCCACGUCUCCAGAGGUGUCCGGCAAUGCUGGUGUUCGACAGGAGAUCGCUGAGAUGUGUUGUACCACCUACUGAGGACUGCGAUGUACCAACAACACCUGCCACCCUCGAGGGUGAACUGCCAGAUGGUCGCAAUGAGCAGGAACCCGAGGAGGAGAAUUUACCACCCGGAGUGCCGCCCCUGCCCUCUGGGGCUGUGCCCGUCAAUCUCAGGGCUAGACCCAGAAACUAAAAAGGGUUUUGAAAAUUUUCGGGAAGACAACGAACUCACGCAUUUGGUUUCAUCGAUAAAUUCACGCAUCCAUUAGAAUAUUUUAUUAUUGUUCAAUUUGACAUUCGUUUCUAUGGAAAAAAAUCUAUAGAAAAUUAUCGAUCGACAUUCACGUGAAUAGAAAGUCUACAAGGACUUGUGGGAUUUUUUCAAGCCCUUUCGAGGUAAAUUGAAGGUCCACAGCAUUUAUGUACCGAAAAUCUGUCGAAAAAAUUUAUAGUUCAGUUUGUAAAGAAAUUACAGCGAAAUUCCCAGUGAAAUCCGAAUAGAAAUUCCUAAUGGAAGCGAUAGAUUAUUCUGUGGAAUUUUAUCGGGCGGGAAACCAAACUUUUCGAUGGUUUUUUCAAGCAGAAAAAAAUUCUAAUCAAAAUUAUGAAUUCUAGGAUCAAAUGACGCCACUGGGGUAUUUAUUACGACAUAAAUUCAACACGUUCGUUGAAGUGACUAUACUGCCCCUAAAAAUCAGGGGACAUUCGUUAUUUCUUACGUUAGAAAAUAAAAAAAAACAUUAGUAUUUUUAGAUUGUUUACUCUAAAGAAUUCAGCACACCCCACACAACACUCACGAUUCUGUAAAUACUCCCACGUCCUACAUUUUAAUAAUCGUGUGAGAUUUAUCGUUUAUUACGAGAUUGAUCUAAUAAAGACUAUUGUAUAUUUUGUGUA